AUGACGUCACUCAUCCCAAUCGCUAGUCCUGGUUUAUCUGCGAAUACCGAAAGGGCUUACACCGAAAUAAAGAAAGAUCAUAUAUACCAGGACAGUGUGGAGCAAGAGAAAGGAGAAUUUGUCGAUGAGUUUGGCCGUGAGAUUCUCGCCAAUGAGAGCGAGAAGUUCGGACACAAGUUACCACUGCAGGCUUACACCUACUACGCUGAUAUUCAGCGUGAGUAUGAGAGAUCGAAUGACCAGGAUGGUCUUUACGCUGCUCAAAGGGAGCAAAUCUAUACGGAUUCUUUCAGCAAUCUCUCACACUCGAAGCUAGAUUCGCAGCGAUUGUUGCGUAUAACGAAGGCCUAUUCGGUUUUCUUCUUGAUCACCACAGAUAUUCUGGGUCCAUCCAAUGCUCCUUAUGCCGUCGCCCAGAUGGGUUGGGUGCCUGGUGUUAUCCUUUACGUUUUAUUUGGUGUCGUGGCUGCGUUUGGUGGAUGGUUGCUCAACUACUGUUUUUGCAAAGUUGACUCAAACAAUUAUCCGAUUCGUACUUACUCUGACCUAGCUGGGCGUGUUGUUGCGCCUUGGUUUCGGUAUCCAUUCGCUAUUCUUCAGUUUAUUCAAAUGAUAUUGAAUUGCGGAGCAAUUCUGUUAUCGACGGCUCAAGCAGUGUCACAGAUGUUGAUCGUCAACAAGGGUAGAGAUCCUUUUUGCUUCACCGUUGACAUUCUGGUGUGGGCUCUUCUUUGUAUGAUCCUUGGUCAGAUUCGUUCUCUUGGGAGAUUUGCGCAUAUUGCGAACACUGCAGUGUGGAUGAACAUCGCAGUCUGUAUUAUCACAAUGGUAGGUGUUGCCGUUGGGGGUCCUUACUACGGUAUCUUUCAACAGUAUGGACAGGGACCUCCUUAUUUCCAGUCGGGAACUUUCAACCCAUUGCCAAUCACACAACACGCUAUCACGCCUGGUACUAUUAGUGAUAAAAUUGCCGGUAUGAACAACAUGGUCUUUGCUUGGGGUGGUGCCACAAUUUUCUGCGAAGUGAUGGCAGAAAUGAAACGUCCAAUGGACUUUUGGAAAGGUAUGCUAUGUGCGCAAUCUCUUAUCAUGGUGGUCUAUCUUUUCUAUGGGCUAUUCGUGUACGCAUACAAUGGGCAGUUCAGUUAUGUGAAUGCAAAUCAAGCUAUUGGCUCCAAAGGGCUGCAGAAUGCUGGUAAUGUGUUAACCAUUAUAACAGGUAUCAUCGCCACCGUGUUAUAUGGUAAUAUUGGUAUUAAAGUUCUGUAUCAAGGUUUCCUGAUAACCGAUUUUAAUUUCCCUAGCCUCAGCUCACGCAAAGGUGCAGUCGCAUGGGGAGGCUUUGUGAUUAUAUUCUGGGCAAUUGCGUAUAUUCUUGGUACGGCUAUUCCAUCUGUCAGCGCUAUUGUUGGGAUCAUUGGUUCUUUCUGCAUUCUGAAUUUCUCAUACACAUUCCCAUUUCUCUUCUGCUUCUGCUUAUUAUGCCGUCAAGAUGCUGCAUUGAACGACACCUUCGAUCAAAAGACUUUAAGUGUCGAAAAGGCAGACUCGUAUUGGCGCAAUUGGUCCCGUUGGAAGCGCUCUAUAGGGCAUGGUGGUACUUUUCGUGUCACGCUUAAAGUUUCGCUGUUACUUCUUUUCCUUGCCUCACUUGCAACUUGUGGCCUAUGUUCUUAUUCGGCAAUUACAGGAGCUAUCGAAGUUUAUCAAACCAAUACUGCGCAACCAUUUACCUGCAAUUCACCUGUCGGCUAA